UGAGCGGCGAGCGGCACCUUGUUUAAUAUUCAUAAUUAAAAUGGCAAAAACAACUGAUCCUUCUGAGAAACUGAUCAUCUACUCCAAAGCUCACAAAGAUACCAUCCUAGCUAAUUUUGAGGAACAAAGAAAAAAAGAUUUUCUUUGUGAUAUUACUCUGAUAGUGGAGAAUGUGCAAUUCAGAGCCCAUAAAGCUUUGCUGGCUGCCAGCAGUGAAUACUUCUCAAUGAUGUUUGUAAAUGAGGAUGAAAUAGGGCAGUCAAUUUACAUGUUGGAGGGAAUGGUUGCAGACACCUUUGGACUUCUGCUGGAAUUUAUCUACACUGGCUGCCUCUGUGCCAGUGAGAAUAGCACAGAACAAAUCCUGGCUACUGCACAACUGCUGAAAGUGACUGACUUGGUAUGGGCCUGUACAGACUACCUGGAAAGCCGCAGCCCGGGUAGUGCAUUUCCAGCUGAAAGUGGAGCCUCUGUUGUUGAAAGUGAAAGGAAAAAUGAUGAUCCACCAAAGCGAAAACGGGGACGACCAAGGAAAAUCAAGGUUGUCCAAGAAGAACAAGAAGAAUCCGGAGCAAAUUCUGCUGAAGAUGGGCAGCUGAGAGAGAACAACUCCAUGCAAAAUGAGCAAAAUCAUAUGAAAAAAGACACUGAAGUAGAAGAAACAGUAGCCAGUGAACAGGCUUCAGUGAGGAAGGAUGGAGAAGGAACUGAACCUGCUUGUGGCUCAGAGGCUGCUGUUGAUCUCUCAGCUGAGAAAGAUGAAAACUACGAUCCCAAAUCUGAAGGAAUACAGAGCACUCAGAGCCGUUACAGCAAACGGAGAAUAAUGAGAUCAAUCAAACUAAAAGAUUAUAAACUUCUUGGGGAUGAAGAUGAGAAAGGACUGGCCAAGAGAACUGAUGGGAAAAGAAAACGUGCAGGUUCUGAGGCUCGCUGCAAAGACUGUGGAAAAGUAUUUAAGCAUAAUCACUUCUUGGCUAUUCACCAGCGAAGCCAUACAGGAGAGCGCCCGUUUAAAUGCAGUGAGUGUGGCAAAGGCUUUUCCCAGAAGCAUUCACUUCAAGUCCAUGAGCGGAUGCACACCGGGGAACGGCCGUACACAUGCACCAUUUGCAGUAAGGCUCUGACAACAAAGCAUUCUCUUCUGGAGCACAUGAGCCUACAUUCAGGGCAGAAAGCUUUUACCUGCGAUCAGUGUGGGAAAUACUUCAGCCAAAAGAGACAGCUCAAGAGCCACUAUCGACUACACACAGGCCGUUCACUGCCGGAAUGUAACCAGUGUCGUCGCAAAUUCAUGGACGCAGCUCAGCUAAAGAAACAUCUAAGAACACAUACAGGUGAGAAGCCCUUCACUUGUGAGAUUUGUGGCAAAUCAUUUACAGCUAAAACUUCACUUCAGACUCACAUUAGAAUUCACAGAGGAGAAAAGCCAUAUUCUUGUGAUAUAUGUGGAAAAUCCUUCUCUGAUUCCAGUGCUAAGAGAAGACAUUGUAUCUUACACACAGGCAAAAAGCCUUUUGCCUGCCCAGAAUGUAGUUUGCAGUUUGCUCGUCUGGACAACCUGAAGUCUCAUUUGAAAAUUCACAGCAAGGAAAAGCAGUUUCAGGAAGCCAGUGCCGCUUCGAGCACCAACACUCAUCCAGAAGAAGUGAGAAACAUUCUCCAGCUGCAGCAGUACCAACUUGCCACCUCAGGAGGGCAGGAAAUUCAGCUGCUGGUUACAGAUGCAGUACACAACAUCAACUUCGUGCCUAGCCACAAUCAAGGCAUCAGUAUUGUGACUGCAGAAAAUGCCCCCAGCAUGACAACAGAGCAGGCUGCAAACCUCGCGCUCCUUGCGCAGCCGCCGCAGCAGCUGCAAAACUUGCUGCUUUCAGCUCAGCAGGAGCAAGCAGAACAAAUCCAAAGUAUCAAUGUGAUUGCAAACCAAAUAGAGGCUGCCCAACCUGAACAAAUGCAUGUCAUCACUCUUUCCAAGGAAGCACUAGAACAUCUCCAUGCUCAUCAAGGACAAAAUGAACAAAUCCACUUGGCGGGAUCUUCACAUCCCGCUCAGCACGUGCAGAUGGCUCAGGAAUCAAGUCAGCAGUCUCACUCUAGCCAUGAUACGGUUCCUUCCCAUCAAGUCAGUGAAGAACAGAAUCAAAGUGUACUUGUUUCCAAAUCCCAUCAGCCUCUGUCAGUAAAUGAGUCGUCUCAUGAGCAUCCUAUCCAAGCACAGGCUUUCUGAAAUGCUUGUUUGUCAGCAGAGAGCUAGGCCAGAGAAUGCUUCUCAUCCAGGCAGGGAUUACAUGUGUCACACUUUUUUUUUUGCAAGAUAAGCUAUCCAAAGAUGCAUUUCUUGGUGAUUUUGGAUGGGUGACUCAGUUUCCUUAACCAUAUUUAUUUUAGACUAUGUUGUUUUUCUGGAUUGAUAUUUCUUUACCACUUAGUCCAUACCUUGCAAGCAAAUAAUGUGGGGUUUUGUGCUU